AUGGAUCCUAACGAUUCUGAUCCCUUCGAAGGUCCAUUUGAUAUUCCUGAACCAGAUUCAGGAUCAGCGUACGAGAAUUCCGACAGCGAUUUUGGGCAAAUAUCACAUGAUGAGAAAGCGCAUACUGGCGUUUCUCAAAACCACGGAAGUAAUGAUGGAGGCGAUGUAUAUUCAAAAGGAGAGAGUGAUUCUUAUUCAACCUCUCUAGCAAAACCAAAUCCGAACAACCAAUAUACGGAUCAAUGGAUAAUUGCAGAUGCUCUCAAAUGGGCGGCGACUUUUGUACCUCCCAAAGUGGAAGAUAUUCCUAUGCCAACAAGAGGAGCCUAUCGUCCGACAUCCAAAAAGCGAAAGUUAGAGCAAAGAACGAACGGAAAUCCGGCAAGGGCAAAGCGUGUCAAGGGAUUUUAUAGUAAGGAUUACCGCGAUCUCCUGAACAAUGAGAUUUAUGAUGUAGGGGCGAAGUCGAUCCUUGAGGAUAAUGCUCCAUUGGAAGGCAGUCAAAUUGGCUGUUCCAUAUGGUCACCCGAAGAAAAAGAUCUGUUUUUUACUGGACUAUCAAGACUGGGCAGAGACAACGUAAGAGCUAUUGCUACACGUAUAGGGUCAAAGUCGGAAGUUGAGGUGCAGGAAUACAUGCAACUACUGCACCAGGGAUUAAAGGAAAGGAAGAUCGAAGAUGCGCGACUACUGGAUGUGACAGAAUACCCAGCUGCCGCGGAAUUCACUUCAGAAUGUUGUGAAAUCAUGGAGCGAGCAGCAGAUGGUCUUGCUCUACGACAAGAGCAAUAUGAGGAAGAUGUGGAGGAAGUUAAAUGGGGGAAAUAUUGGCUCCUGACCGAAAAAGUGAGCAAGUCUCUAGAACAGAAACGCAGUGUCACCAGGACCCAAGGCAAUGAAGAUGUUCAAGAUUUACUACCAGCAGUCCGCCUUUUGAAUCUCAAGAAUUGGCUUGCACUUUCCGAGAGAGUGUUUAUGAACUCCUCCGAGUCCAGAUGGGAGGAUAAUUGGAGGCAGAUAGGGGAACAUGGAGAAACUCCCGCUAUGCGCGCAACUGCUUUUGACGAUUUUCAUUCAUUAACAGUCAGUAUCACGAAACGUCUCGUUUCCACCGUUCUUUUCUGUACAAUGUCAAGAAUAAGAGCCAUGGACUCGAAUAAGAUCAAAGCAGCGGAUAUCAGCAUCAACGACGUGGAAGCUGCUACUAAGAUUCUGAAUAUGGACGCCAACAGCAAUGAAUUUUGGGUAAAAUGUGCGAGGAGAAACAAUCUCUCUAUUUCUCGCCAUGACGAACCAGGUGGCCCUAUAAUGACAUACCCCGAGGUGGAAACCGAACUACGCAAAGAAUAUAGUGGAAGAAGGAGCAGAUCUCGUUCACGCAGUCGUCUGCACUUAGAUCACGCCGAAGAUUUAUCAGAAGUAUAUACAUCCUCCUCCGAUUCCCACCUCGAUUCAGACAUUGGGCCAGACGCUUCCGAAAAUUCUACUCUAUCCGAUCAUCUCGAUGAUAAUCCUUUUACUCAACGAUCUCCGUCCCCCUCUCAAUCGCAAACUCAGUCUCGCUCUCAACGCAAACCCCAUCUCUCGCCCGAAGAAUAUGAAUAUACCCUAGAAGCUUACGUCUCCGCUUUCGAUGCCCGAGUCAGCAGAAUCGAAGAACAACGCAUCUGGAGCCUAUUGGGACAAGACCCACCUCCAGAUCUCAAGGCAGAUGACGACGAAGAAAUGCCUGAGAAGCCUGCUAAGAAACUGGAGUUAGAGGCCGAAAAUAAUGAAAGAUGGAGAGAAAGGGAAUUUCGGAGUGAAUGGGAGGUUAUGGGUGUAGUUGGCGAGGAAAAGUUUCUGAGAAAUAGGGAAAAGAUCGGGAGAAGAGAAAGGAGAGAGAGGUUGAAAGAGAGUCAUGAAGGAGCAGGGAUAGCGAUGAGGACUAGAAUGUCUGAGAAUCGAGAUCACUCUGGUGAGAGCGGCAGUGAAUGGGAUGAUGUGGACGGAGAGACAAUAGAUGGUGUGGAUAAGGAAAAUGCUAGAGGAUCGAACGCCCGCCAUGACGAAAGCAAGAAACCAGAAGACGUUGCUAAGCCUAGGUCUUACGCUGUCUACAAUAGCGAUGAUGAUUGA